CAAAAAAUCUUUCAGAGAAUUGAUCGAACAAAACAGCGAAAAUGGACAUUAAUUCAAACCCAGAUGAGGGUUAUGAAAUAUUACGUUAUAAUCCUUCAUCUUCAUCAAUGGAACAAACAGAUCGGUCGUCUCCGGCAGCCACUCCUAGCCGUUCGAUUUUAAGUGCAGAUUCAUUCAUAUAUUGCAGAACUAAUUCAGAAAUGUCUACUUUAUCGGAUCCGACUGACGAUUCAAUAAGCUUCGCCGGAACUCCGUCGCCUCGCUGGCCGUCGGCGGUAAAGUCGCCGAAACGGCCACUUCUUAGUAGAUUGGGGAUAAGGCAUAGCCGGAACUUUAAUACUGAUGAGGAAAAGAUUCAUGAUCAUAUGGAUAUAGAACUGGAAAUGAUGAAAGAAAGGUUCUCAAAGCUUCUAUUAGGAGAAGACAUGUCAGGAAGUGGGAAAGGUGUAAGCACAGCUGUGACAAUCUCCAAUGCAAUAACCAAUCUUUAUGCUUCUGUGUUUGGGCAACACCAAAGAUUGGAGCCUCUUCAUCUAGAGAAGAAGAUGAUGUGGAGAAGAGAAAUGAAUUGCCUCCUCUCCGUUUGCGAUCACAUCGUCGAAUUCGUCCCUCUUCAGCAGACAUUGCGCGACGGAAGCAUCGUCGAGGUGAUGGAAAACAGGCCAAGAUCUGAUAUUCAAAUCAACCUCCCUGCAUUGAGAAAGCUUGAUUCAAUGCUUCUGGACAUUUUGGCCACAUUUGAAGACACCGAGUUUUGGUACGUGGAACCAGGGAGUAUGUUGGGAACCAUCGCGACUCGAACUGGGUCGUUUAGGAAGCUCAUGCAGCCAGCUCAGAGGACAGACGAGAAAUGGUGGUUGCCUGUUCCAUGUGUUCCCACAAGUGGCUUGUCGGAUAAAUCACGAAAGCAUUUACGAUACAAACGCGAUAGUGCCAACCAAAUACAUAAAGCAGCCAUGGCUAUAAAUAGCACUAUUCUUGCUGAGAUGGAGAUCCCAGAAAGCUACAUGGCUUCACUCCCUAAGAGUGGAAAAGCAAGUGUAGGAGAGUCAAUGUAUCGUUACAUGAGUGUAUCAGAUAAGUUUUCUCCGGAUAAUCUUCUAGAUAGCUUAAACAUCAGCUCAGAGCACGGUGCUCUUGAGUUAGCCGAUCGUGUGGAGGCAUCAAUGUACGUAUGGCGUCGAAAAGCAUGCCUCGGAAACUCAAGAUCCUCGUGGGACUUAAUGAAGGAGUUGAUGUCCGACAUAGACAGGAGUGACAAGAACCAUCUCCUAGCCGGGAGGGCUCAUAGUUUACUCUUUUGUCUCAAACAAAGGUACCCGGAGCUCUCUCAAACAAGCCUAGACACUUGCAAGAUCCAAUUAAACCGAGAUGUGGGACAAGCCAUUCUAGAGAGUUAUUCUAGAGUUUUGGAAGGGUUGGCGUUUAACAUUGUUGCUUGGAUGGAUGAUGUGUUGUUUGUGGACAAGGCAAUGAGGAGCAAAGAUAAUUAAUAGAUUGGUCCUCAAAUUAUAUUCAUCUGGACAUAUUGACCCCCCAAUCUUUCUAUUCUCUCCUUUUGGUUUC